CCGCCGCGCCGCUCCACGGAGUUGGUGUCACAGAAUUCUCUCGACGCAAUUGAGCCAAUGAAACACACGCGUCAUCUAAACGUCGAUAUGAUUGGCUGAUGCACUGUGGAUCGCAAGAGUCGACGCGGAUUGGUGGAAUCGUCGCCCAAUCUUGAUUGAAUGUCCAGUGGCACAACGAUACAAAGCAUGCAGAGUCCGUUGAAACGAAGUGCUGGCGCCACAUUCGCCGUGGCCACCACGACAGUUGUCUUGGAUACUCAUGAGAAGAAGCAAGUGGAGUUGGAGCCCAAUGAUGCAGAGGAUGUGGACGAUGAAACAUUCUUGACCUUGCAGCGUCUGCUGCAGACAUUCAACUCGGUGCGACCGCCCAUCCAGUCCGAAGCGGAGAGGCGCCGUGCGCAACGAGAGGACCAACGUCGCUCUCUUUUUGAAGGAUUCACCGACCGAAGUCACCGCAUGACCAACCGAUCGGCAGCCGAGCGUCGCAUUCGAUCGCGGGUGUGGAGCACAACGUGUUCGUUGCCCCCUCUAGACUCCAUCACAAGAGAUCGCUGGACCUCCACGGCGGACGAAAGCGCCGACAAGGACGAGCUCUACGCACUGAUCCACCCCGCCGUUUUACGUUCCAGUUUCAGGCCACCGACAUGCCAUCCCAAACUUGAGGUCGUCUUGACCUCAGAUCACAAGGCCCUUCGUGCAAGUCUACUUCCCCGACGGGUCUCGUCGCCAUUACCUUCGUCCCAAGGAGCCAAGAGCCGCAACAUGUUGCUCCUCAAACCUCCCAAGUCCACAUGGUAUCUCAAGGGCAAGAACAUCAAAGACAAUAUUGUCACAUAAUCAACCAAGGGUGAUUCUUGUGAAUAAUUAAAAUAAUAGUAUUGGCAUUUCGUAAAUACA